CACCAUAACAAGUUUGGACACCCCCAAAAAAUCUAAAAUUUCAGUUUGCCUCACUUCAAACAAGAAGAUAAGUUUCUUGUAAGUUGAGUUUUUAUUGAAUCAUCGGAUAAGUUUACACAUUUUCUUUUUGAUUUGUUUUGAAUCGGUAUUUGUUUUGAGUCAAUGAAGUCAUAGAAAGGUGAUCUUCAACACCCGUCACCUCCGUCGCUGCUCGACAAAAAGAGUAUCAGGUCGGAUCCACUUCUAUGACGCAUGGCUGAUAGUCGUUCCAGCAUUAUCUCCGAGUUUCCAGGAUGGUGAGGAUUCGCGACACGCCUGCAUGGAGGAUGUACAUGAGGUUGGCUUCACCGGUUUUCACUGGCGCACCUGGCGAGGAUGCCUACAAGUUUAUUGUAAGUAUGCACGAGAUACUUCACACGGCAGGGAUUACUGAUACUCUCAGAUUCUACUAUGUUACCCAUCGAUUUCGUGGCGGCGCGAAGGCAUGGUGGAGAGACAACCUUGCUAGCAGACAAGCAGGUGCGCAUCCACUUACUUGGGAGCAGUUUUAUGGGGUGUUUUUGGCGAGGUACGUGCCUUGUUCGCAGAGGGAUGAGCGCCGAGGUCAGCUCUUCGAUCUCCGUCAGAAGGGCAUGCUAGUUGCUACCUAUGCAUUAUCCUUCUCCUACUUGGACCGUCACUCCUACCCCUUGAUUCCGACGGAGACCGGCAGGAUCUGGUGGUUAAUUAGUGGGCUAGAUGGUUCUCUGCAGCUGCCCUGUGUCCAGCUUGAGGAUAAGGGCACUUCAUUCCAGGCCAUUGUUGACUGUGCAGCGACAGUUGAGGCCGCAGGGGCUAGAGCAGCUAGGCCCCAGGUAGAGAUCCUUGAUGCAGCGAUAGAAGGUAUUAUUUCUAUUCGGGGUCAGUCUGCUACUAUAUUGUGA